AUGGGAAAGUUGAAGAACAACAAGAAAGUGGCAAUCGCUGCUAAACCUGUUAAUUCUACUGCUCUUACUCAGGGUCGCAUCAGUUUUUCGCAAAAAAGCCGAGUCGAAACCGCCGAAAUUCGAUCAAAAAGGGAAUCCAACGAUUUGGACCCUCCAAUCGUCAACAACAACAGCGACACCAAGAUGGAGGAGGUCGAGAAUCCACUGAAGUACGAUCGCAUUGUCCAGAACAUUGAUUUGUCUCAGUGGAACCUGCAAACCCUUGCCUAUUUAUGCACAAUCCACCAUGCUCCGGCGACUGAAUCCUGGGAGGAAGCAGCCAAGAAGCUACUACAGAUUUGUGAUGGGGACUGGAACUUGGUCGAGCAACGCAUUCGAGCUGCGCUUGACCGAGACAUCAAGGACGAAUUUAUUGGAAACGAUCGGGAGCUCGUUGUCUAUGUCCGAGGACUGAUUCUUGGGCUGGCGGUACAAGAUCCUCUGGUGAUUUUUCCUUUGGACGACCCGAUGGAGGAAACUACGUUUUUCAAUCGGUAUUGGGAUUUUACUUUGGAGGUCGAGCCUCGUUUACUACUGGAACUCCGUCCUCUGGCUAAAGUGUGGGCCAUUGCAGUUGAACUUCUAGGCCACCCGUGGACCGACCCCGCCACGACGACGGUAGUAACGGAAUUGGCUGAGCGUCGCUCAGCAGCCAAGGGCCGAAAACGUGAGCACGAUCUGGACCCAUCAACAGAACGAAAAUCAGCUCCAAUUGACCGUCGCUCUCCUGCGCGAGGGUUCUUUCCGGAUGCUACUCCAAAACCAGUUCGCGACUCUGUUGCCCCCGAUAAGGAUGAUUCGGUGGUGAUGGACACAACAGGUCCAUCGGUAAUUAGCCCCACCAAUAAACCAGUCAACGGCGAGUUUGCUUAUUGGUCCGACAACGAUGGGUCGGAGUCCGUUGAGUCGGCUCCAGACUUUUCUGCACCAUCGAAUUCGGACCAACCUCCUACUGAAGUGGUUACUGAGCCUCCCAACAUUCCUCGACCUCCAGCUCCUCUGUCCGUGAAGAAGCAACUCACUUAUGUUGCCGCCUCACAGAAGAAGGCUGCUAUUCGGACCAAGUACCUCUCUGAAGAAAUGAAAGCCCGAGAAGUGACACAGAUGAAUUUGACUGGGCUUCCUCGCUCGAACGCCCAGUUCCUCUGCGCUACAAUCAACUAUGAAUGGGAUGGCGACACAUCUGAGUCUAUUGAAAAGUGUUUCACUGAAGAAAUGGUCUCGGUUCUGUCUAUGGCUAUGGACAACGCUGAGGGCGACUUGGUCAUUCUUCCGGUGAGCGAACUCCGUGUACGGGACAAGAAGUUGUGGCUGACCUCUAAGGAGAAAGUGGAGGAGCUCACCUACAAGAAGCUCAAGCCCUACAUUGACUGGUCCUGGAAUAAUGGCGCCCGAUUUGGCUACAACGCUAAGAACCCCGGCUCCAAGACUCUUCGCACCCGCAUUCGCGUCGCUCACAAUUCUUCUCUGGACGACAUGUCCCGACUACUGGGUCAAUGUUUCGAGAUCACCGGCACGCAUGCAGGCGUCUUCCGCUCCCCGCUGCAAGUUAGUGAUCCUGUCCGAAUCGGUUGGCUACUGAACUACCCCAUGGGGAUUGGGAGAGCGGCACUUGAACGCGAGCUCAUGCGUCACUUCACCUUCAAGAGAGCUAUAGCCCUAGAACCUGCGUGGCCACAGAACCCCGGUACGGCGGGCCAAAAAUGGAUGCCCUCCAAGGGUCCAAAAGCGUGGCACAUUUGGGUAGCUGCUUCUGACGUGGAUAGAGUGGCACGGGCCCUCUUUGCAUGGCUCAGGCCAGAAACAAAGAAGUGUCACAUGCCGUUUGGUGCCCGGACUCAGUUUGUCUACGACUGGGGGGCCAUUACGAAGGGUCACCUAGGUGACCUUGCGCAACCAGGGGGGCAGUGGAAUGGCAUCAUUGGGAAACUCAUCAACACCCAUGACACUACCUCCCAGACCUGCACCUCCCUGGCUCCACUGUUUCCUAUCCAAGGCAUGCUGCCCAAGGUCUUCAUUCCCAAGUACUGCAAACAGGGCAAGGGCAAAUCCCUCCUCCAAUUCCUCUACGCGAUUCAGUGCAUACCAGCGGUCAAAAAACCUCCACCUGCUCAGCCUGAACAAUCAGCCACACAGGAUGCCGAUACUCCAGACUCUCCAUUGCCACCUUCCGUGUCUUCUACUCCUCCAGAACCGACACCGAUCAACCCAAGUGUAACUGCCCCCACCCUAGCUCAGCCAACUCUACCCGCCCCAUCCACCAAGCGUUCCAGUCGCAAGGGGUCUAAGAAUCGCCGGGCCAAGCAACCUCUUGAGAAACCUACAGAGACGCCUCAGGCUACUCCCCCCACCCCUCUUCCACGGCCUACUCCUGCACUGAAGUCUACACCCCAGUCAGCAACCAACCCUCCUACGGAGUCUUCCGCUCGGGCAAAACUUUCUGCAUCUGAGCAGCCCCUGGUCACUGAGGCAUUUGAUCGCAGCGCAUGGCUGGCGGCAAUGGAUGCGGAACUGAACCAGGGCCCAGCCGGUCUCUUCCAAAUGAUCCUACCAGGCCCAAUUGAUGGCUUCUAUGUGUUCGUGGUGCGCCAAAAGUUUGCCUCAUUGGCACAGGAAGUUCUCAAGAACCUGACGGCCUUCCUGAUUUCUCACCUUGAGUUAUGGCAGGACCUGAAGCACCAGAGGAAGACAUGCCGCACCUGGCUCUGCUUGGAUCACUAUAUUCGAACGGUUACCAACGCUAUGACCUGGGACCAAAGCCAACAUCUUGCAAUCUUGGAGUAUGAGCGGGACGUCGAUUUGGACCAGCAAGUGGAAAAGGAUGAUAAUGAGUGGAUUGAGAAGCUCCUUGCGGCAGAGCAGGCUUCUCCAGAAUUUGAGGGCACCAUCACGAUUGACCUGUCGAUGCCAGCUGCCAAGGAUAUGGAUGACGGGGCUACAGUAGACAGCGCGGCAAAUAUGGCAGCAUUAUUGGAGAACAUGAAAGCGGAUGUCAAUGACCUUUGCACGGAAUUAGAGACUGCGGCGGAAGAACUGGCUCAAGCUAAGGAUGCGGAGGCUGCCAAGGAUGCUCGUAUCCUUGAAUUGGAGGCCAAAAUGGCGGAACAAGCAUCGGUUACAGGCAAGCACCGUUCGUCAAGCCCCUCCUCCAGCAAGGCAACAUCAUCGGCUGACAGUGGGGGUGGCCCCCCCCGGCGGUGGUCCCUAACCACCAACGGUCCCGUCACGCAAGGUUGCGGAGUUUGA